CAUUUCAGACAUGGUACCUGGGUGUUGUUCAGCCUCGGCCUAAUCGACCGCCUAAACUCGAGCUUGCUGUCUGCCCCUCUGCUGUUGUUGGGGUGGCCUCUGAGCCUGUUGUCUGGGCUGCUGCUGGGGCUGCUAAGGUGGCUGCUGGGGUUUUUUUGGACAGCGGUUAGCAAAAUGUCCGGGCUCAUGACAAUAAUAGCAAAUAACCUGGCCAACGCGACACUCUCCGCGAUGGAGUCUUCCAAAAGUGGGGCAUGGUGGAAUCUGCUGUGGCCUCGGACGGGUCCUCCUGUCAGUCUGGGCGCCUUUUCCCUUCCUCUUCUUGUCCUUCGGUGGUUGGGCAACAGCUGGUGGAACUGGUGGAUCUGUAGAUGGUUGGGCAGGGGCAAAUGGCUGAAGAAGAUCCUCCCUCCGAAUGCUGGCGUCAACCUCCUGGGCGAUAGAAACGGUACGAGCGUAGGUCUGAACUCUGUGACCUACAAUGUUGUGACGGACUGCUGGGAAAAGCCCGUCAGUGAAAUGCUGUGCCCUCUUUGCCUCUGUACUCACCAGGUCAGGAACAAAGGCUCCGAGUCAAGCGAAUUCUCUCUCGUACUGAUCAACAGAACGAGUACCCUGUUUGAGCGCCAGGAAUUGACGCUCUAUCUCUGCUCGGUAGUACGUGGGAUAAUACUUCUCACUAAUCAACUACUUGAACCUGUCCCAAGUACAACCUUCAUUUUCACCGGGACGCAUACUCCAGUAAGCAUUCCACCAGAGUC